AUGGCUUCACGAGGAGAUCCGGGAACUAACAGUCACCUUAGCGGACUCCAGACGCCGAGACAGAUGAAAAAGGUUUCUGUACCUCUUGUACCUGAUAUUGGUGAUAUGAAAGUGAAACUUGCCAACUCGGCAAACGGCGAUCAUUGCUCGUCAAAAAGUUCUUCAUCUGGGCACUCACGAGGUUCAAUUAUGACUCCCGAUAAGGCAUCUGAAGAUCAAAAUUCUUGCUAUAGCUCAUUAUAUCGUCCAAGUACGCUUCAACCGUUAAACAACGAUCGUUAUGGAAUCUACACAAAUUCGAGUUUUAAAUGUCACAAAAGGGCUCCAGGUAAAGUAGCAUUAAUUGCGACCUUUUUGAUUUAA